AGAGAGAGAGAGAGAGAGAGAGAUGGAGAGAGGCAGGGAGGGAGAGCGCACGAACAGUGUUGCCGUUACUGUCAGCUGUGGAACGGUUCAGUCAUCAAUGGACAGGGUACACACGUAGCAUAGCCUCUUUCAAUGUACCUUUAUUUCUGCUAUGAAACGGAGGGAAGUAUAAUCAAAUCCGGUUACCUAGUUUCGCUUUCAUCGUUUAUAUUGCAGAUUGAAAUGGAGACAACGUUGUGUUAGCGCGCGCUAUUGAUUAGACUCCAAUAGGCUUUAUUCCUUGCGGAAUAUUUGUUUGAUCUCAACCAUAUAUUAACAAUGAUGGAGUAUUGGAGGCAGUGUGCAUUAUGGCUGAUCAACUGCAAGGUGCUACCACCCAACCAUCGGGUAACAUGGGAGUCCGCCCAGGUAUUCGACCUGGCUCAGACACUCCGAGAUGGAGUGCUCCUGUGUCAGCUUCUCAACAACCUCCGACCCCAGUCCAUCAACCUCAAAGAGAUUAAUCUCAGACCGCAGAUGUCACAGUUCCUGUGCUUGAAGAACAUCAGGACAUUUCUCUCCGCCUGCUGUGAGAUAUUUGGCAUGAAGAAGAGUGAACUCUUUGAGGCCUUCGACUUGUUUGAUGUGCGGGACUUUGGAAAGGUUAUGGACACAUUGUCCAAACUGUCCCACACCACGAUUUCAGAACAAACUGGAAUAAAGGCUUUUCCUUCAGAGGAGAGUCUAGAAGAAGAUGAGGACAUCUAUAACCACCUAGAAGACUUGAUUGAUGAGAAAGGCGUGGAGGACGAGGAGGAUCUUUAUGACUGUGUCUAUGAUGAUGAAGACGGAGGAGAGAUCUAUGAAGAUCUGAUGAAGGCUGAAGCCGUCCGUCCUCCUCUGAAGCAGGUAGAGACAGACAUCAGGAGCUGCUGUCUGACAGAGAUCAAGCAAACUGAGGAGAAGUACACAGAGACUCUGGACUCCAUAGAGAAGUAUUUUAUGGCACCUCUUACGACAUUCCUGUCCUCAGAGGAGAUGAAGAAAGUGUUUGUCAACAUUCCGGACCUGGUUAAGGUUCACAAGAGUCUCAUGGUGGAGAUCCAAGACUCUGUCCGCCAUAAAAGUGCUCAGAACAUCUACCAGAUCUUCAUCCACUACAAAGAGAGAUUGCUAAUAUAUGGGAAAUACUGUAGCCAUGUAGAAACGGCCAUCGUUGCUUUGGAUGACAUCUGCAAACACAGAGAGGACAUCCGGAUGAAGCUGGAGGAAUGUGCAAAGAGAGCCAACUAUGGAAAGUUUACACUGAGGGAUCUGCUAGUGGUCCCUAUGCAGCGGGUACUCAAGUAUCAUCUUCUUCUACAGGAAUUAGUGAAACACACUCACGAUGCGGCUGACAAGAGCAAUUUGCGGCUGGCGCUGGAUGCCAUGAAGGACCUGGCUCAGUACGUCAAUGAAGUGAAGAGAGACAACGAGACUCUGAGAGACAUAGCCCAGUAUCAGAAAUCCAUCGAAAACCUUAAUCAGUCUCUUAGUACCUAUGGGAGACCAAAAGGAGACGGAGAGGUACGCGUUACCUCAAUCGACAAACGUGCCAAACAGGACCGGCACAUCUUCCUGUUCGAUGCUGCUGUGAUCGUCUGUAAGAGGAGAGGAGACAACUAUGAGAUGAAGGAGGUGAUCGACCUGCACCACUUCAAGAUCACCAACAACCCCACGUCAGAUAAGGAGAACAGGAAGGUGUGCGUGCGUGCGUCACUAAAAGCGAAUCAGACACAUAUUGAGAUUGCCACAUUCAUUGACGAGCGUGAUCAGAUAUUGCCCAUGUCUUGUAGAUCCAACAUACGUCCGGAGAAUGGCACCAGUAACUUCCAUGAGUUCAAGAUGCACACCUUCGACAGAAUUACAUCCUGUAGCUACUGCCACAUGCUGCUAAGGGGUAUCUUUAACCAGGGGUACCUUUGCUCCAAGUGUGGUGUUGGAGCCCAUAAGGAAUGUCUGGGGAGGUUUGGCAGCUGUGGAAAAACAGAUCCGGGCUCCUUCAGAACUCAGGAAAAAUCAGUGCAAGGACAGCGCUCAGAUCCAGGGUUACCUAAGAUGUUGGUGACCAGGAACUAUUUUGGCGUGCCAAGUCCCAUAUGUGGCCCGCCCCUCAACAUCCAGCAAGGUGACAUCAUCGAGCUGGUCUGUGCCGAUCUACACAGCUCCUGGUGGCAGGGCAAAAUUCUGGCGACGAGAGAGGUCGGCUUCUUUCCAAGUGACGCCGUGAAGCCGUGUCCAUGUGUCCCCAAACCUGCCGACUACUCCACACAACCUUGGUUUGCUGGGCCCAUGGAGAGACUUCAGGCCGAGGCAGAGCUGAUCAACAGAGGGAACAGCACUUACCUGGUCCGCCACCGGAGCCGCGAGUUCACAGAGUACGCCAUCAGCAUCAAGUACAGCAAUGACGUGAAGCACAUCAAGAUCCUGACCAGAGAUGCCUGCUUCCACAUCGCAGAGAACAAGAAGUUCAGGAGUAUAUUAGAACUAAUUGAGUACUACAAACACCAUUCAUUGAGGGAAGGCUUCAGAAGCCUGGACACCACACUGCAGUUCCCCUACAGAGAGCAGGAGAAUGCUGCUAUGCUCCACACCAACAGACCCGGAGGAAACAUGUUCACCCCUAAGGUGAUGGGUGUGGCGAUAGCCCGCUAUGACUUCAGCUCCAGGGACACCAGAGAGCUGUCUCUACAGGAGGGCGACGUAGUCAAGAUCUACACCAAGUCAGGAGCCAAUGGCUGGUGGAGGGGAGAGGUCAGCGGCAGGGUGGGCUGGUUUCCAUCUACCUAUGUGGAAGAAGGAGAGGAGUGAGAAAGAAAAAUACUGUUUGGAUUAGUACUGGACCCUCUAUGGUUGAUCUGACAGCUUGCUGAGAUGGGACUUCCUUAUCUGGGAUUCCAGCCCUCCUAUUGGCUGUUAAGUCAGUGACGUCCCAGAGACCUUUGGGAAAAGAGAGGUUUCUCGAUGGACUAGUUACUGGUUCUCUCUGCAACAGACUAAUGACUGGUUCUCUCUUCAACAGUCUAGUGACUGGUUCUCUUUGCAACAGUCUAGUUACUGGUUCUCUCCGCAACAGACUAAUGACUGGUUCUCUCUUCAACAGUCUUGUGACUGAAUCUCUCUGCAACAGACUAAUGACUGGUUCUCUCUGCAACAGACUAAUGACUGGUUCUCUCUGCAACAGACUAAUGACUGGUUCUCUCUGCAACAGACUAAUGACUGGUUCUCUCUGCAACAGACUAAUGACUGGUUCUCUCUGCAACAGACUAGUGACAGGUUCUCUCUGCUCUGCUCCACCACUUCAACAGCUUUGUUGUCAGCAGGGGAAGGACCUUUGCCAGAACCCAGCUUUCUCCUUCCGUCCCUCUCUUCUUCUCUCCCUCUGUCAAUACUGCUACCGCAAGUUGUCGCUGAAAUAUUUAAAUGCUGCCCAUCCAUCCAUCCAUUUAUCCAUCCGUCCACACCACCCAGAAUAUAGCUAAGACUGUCUAAGGAUUUGGAAAAGUGAAAGAGAAAAGAGAGGGAGAGAGAAGAGACACACACACACAGGGUGGCAGGUAGCCUUGUGGUUUGAGCACUGAAAGGUUGCUAGUUCGAGUCCCCAAACCGACAAGGAAAAAAAUCUGUCAAUGUGACAUUGAGCAAGCUACUUAACCCUAAUGCUGUCAUGAAACGCCUCCCACACCCAUCCUCCCAGAUUACAACCUCUGCCACUGAACAUGACACACGCACAGGUUGACGUUUAUUGGGAUGAAUCUGGUCCUGGAGGCAGAGCUGAGCGGGUUUCGUUAGCUGGUCCAGCCACAAAGUCAAAAUUGUUUAUAUCGUUAAAAAUAUUAGCUUUUUGGUCUUAAUUUAGGGUUAGGCACAAGGUUAGCAGUGGGAUUAAGGUUAGGGUUAAAAUGAGGGAUUAGAGAUUUUAUGAAUUUGUGGCUGUGGCAGCUAGUGACCACUUUACAGAGCUGCCUCUAGUACAUGAGUCAUCCCAGUAAAUACCAACCUGCCACACACACAAAAGAUGAGAGAGAGGGAUGUUGGGGGAUAUCAUCGCCACCCCGCCCCUCAUGUUCUCAUCUCUCCAGCUGUACAGCAGGCUGGGUUAGGGGCUGUCGCUGUGGGUUGAUCUGAUAGGGACCUGGCUGGUUUGUCAGGGAACAAGCUAGUGAUGUGAUGCUACCCAACGACAGACGUAAGAGGCCCCCGCUGUCUCUUAUCUCUCUUCUCUCUCCACUCUUUCUCUUCCUUCUGACAGAAAACAAAAGGGAAUACUCUGAUUGGCCUGUAAACACGGUCUCCUGUUACCUCUACUGAUGGGGCCUCCAGCCCUCUGUCUUCUGUAUCUUUCUUUCUUCCUCUCUCUUUCUCCCUUUCUCUUUCUCCCUCUCUCUUUCUCCCUCUCUCUUGGUCUCUCUCUCUCUUUGUCUCUCUCUCUUUCUCUCUCUCUUUGUCUCUCU